CUAUCAGCGGAAAACUUGACACACCUUUGCCUCCACUGUGAAUAUUAAGUCAACAGAGUGCUAGGUAGAAAGAGAGCAGUCGUUUUGAGAGCAACACAACAAGAAUGAUGACGCUACGUAUCCACAAGACAUGACGGAAGUUUCUGAGCGGUUACCUAGCAACCUGACUCCGCUCGUUCACAGUGCCAGUCCAUCCAGACGCUCAGCGCAGCCGUGUAAGCUAAAUAAUUUAUGACACCAGAGAAACCAAACCUGUCAGAAAAGCCAUAUGCUCUGGAAGGAAGGAAUAAGUUAGUUGCAACAUACGUGAAGACUAGAGCACGUCUGUGGCUGUGAUCGACCCGCGGUGACUCUGCUGAAGGAGAAGCUCAUCAUAACCACAGGGAAUUUAAGCUGGACGACUUUUUGUCACAGAAGGAGGAUCCAUGGAGGAGGACUCAGAAGAAUCGAGUGAUGAUGUUCAGAGAGAGGACAAGCCCAUUGUGCUGUGGGAGAGGUGCAUUCAGCAGAGCAUCUUUGUGGACCUCAGUGAGGAUGAAAGUAUCCACCUGAGCGAUCUGGAGAACUCGUUUGCUCUACAUCUCUCCCAGACAGAGUCUGCCACCUCAGAAGCCAGCAUCCACCUCAGUGGGAGUUCAGAGCUCUCAGCGUUGGAUAUUACCUCAGACAGCAGCAUUGUCAGCAGUAAGAGUGUGAAUUCAACUGAGAGAAAGACUGAGAGUCGUGCAAGGAGUGAUGAAGCCCAGAAAGCAAACGCCAGGCCCAAUGAGCCAUCCAUCAAGCAGAAGGUUGAGGAUGCAGCACAGAACACCAGUGAUGAGGAUCAGGAGGACCUGCCCUAUGAUGGUGACCUGAGAAGCCCCUACUUCAACCACACAGCUAGCUCUGAGGGAAACUCUGAAGGAGGACAUACUGUUCAUGGAAGUCCAGAUCCAAUCUGUUUGCCUGAGCUGCUUCAAGAAGAUUCCAAAACCAAACCCAACAAGUCCUCUAAAAGCCUCAAGCCCAGUGAGGUAGCUCCACUAUGCCCUGAUCCAGCAGACAUCGCCCACCUGCUUCUGCGACACUUCUCCCAGGAGGAGUUACUGCAGUCUGGAAGGCUGAUUGAAGCAGAGACCCUGCCGGAGGUGUCCCUGCUGGAGAGUGUGGAUGACACAACUCUGAGCAUGACUCCACCACACAACAGAUCAACUGUUCAGAUCAAAAGCUCUCAAACAAUGAGCAAAACUGAAUCUGAAAAUGAAAACUUUCAGGGAACGAUUGAGAGGGAAUUUAAUGAUUUUACAUCUGCCGCAUCUGUCAAAAAUAAAUCCAAUUCAGGAAAUUUAAACCAGAUUGGGGACAUUAGUGAGGAUGUUAUGAGGCAAGAACAAGCAGGAGAAGACAACCAGGUUCAGAGAGUCCCACUUGUUCGCACAAGAUCCUUUGGUGAGAUGAAAUAUGGCCAAGGUCAAGUUCAUUACCCGCUACCAGACUUCUCCAAGGUUGCCCCUAAGGUCCGAAUCCCUAAAGCUCCCAGUGGACCUGUGAGAUCUAUUCCUCAGAGUCCUAAAACCAUCGACAGAGCUGAGUCUUCGCCUGGAAUGCUGGAGGUAAUCGGCAGAGUCCUGGAGGAUUCCAUCCAGCCGUCAGAGGAGCCCUAUGUAUUUAAGAACAACGACGAGCCAACUCCAGCAGCUCUGGUGCAUCACCUGCAGGUUGAAUAUGACAAAUUACUGACCAGGUACGCAGAGGCAGAGAACCGGAUAGACCAGAUUAGACUGGGAACCAAUCCUUCAUCAGAACAUAAUGAUGCAGAAGAGGUUGAAUUUGAAGGGAAUCCUGUCAAACACCUGGUUACUUACCUCCCAGCAGAAAACGUUCCUGAAAAAGAAGCAGACAUGUCUCGGGACAACACCAUUAAGCAGGUCGCACCAGUUUCCUCCCAGCUGCAUGAAGAGAGUCCCAGUGACGGUGAGAGAAUGACUGCUGAGCUGAGAGACAUCAUCAGCCAAUUCAAGCAGAAGGUUGAGGACUUGAGAUGUUGUGUUAGCAAUAUGGCUACAAACACAGCUGAACAGCAAAUGAUGCUGAGAAGCAUGAUGGAGGCUCAGGACCAGCUGGAAAGGACAUACAUCAGUAAGCGGGACGAGCACCGAGCUCUGGAGAUGCAGAACUAUAUGGGUCUCUGCAGGAACACGGGAACCUUUGACCCAGACAGACUUGUAGAAGGAGACAUAUUCAGGAUAGGGAUGCACCUUGAAGACCUAAAGGAGAUGAUUGACACAAACACACUUGAGCAGAUUUCUCCUCCUCACUCAUCCUCCACCCCCACGUCCAUGACAACGUUAGUGCAUGCAAAGCCCGCUCCACUUCCCUUCAACACACCAUCACCUCCAUCGUCCCUGCGUCAGGUGUCAAAUGCUAGUUUUGCCUCAUCAAGCUGUAAAACGGACACUCAGAACAGGAAAGAUGCAGGAGAAAAAGAAAAAGUAGAGGAAGUCAGAGAGGUCCAUGGGAACCAGGGAUUAAAGGAGUUCAAUGAGAUCCUAAAUGUUGGACACAACAUCUGCAUUUCAAGGGUGUCUUCUUCGUCCUGUCACAGGGACUCACUGGACAAGUUGAACUUCCACGAGGCUAAGGAUGAGGAAGGCCUUGAAGAGGAGAGGAGCUCUGCUUCAUCAGAGGGGAGAGAUCACAGUGACAUCCUAGCAUACCUGAGUGAAACCAGAUCAAGCUCAAGGCAGAGCCAAAGAAACGCCAACAGCAGCACCCUUAACUCGAAUACUGAAUGUGAUCUGGGGGAUUGUGUGAGUCUGGCUGUGGAAGUUUCCUGUUCUUUUCAUCCUCCUGGAGACUCGUUCAUCCACAGCGAUUCAGAUCCUCCCCUCAGCACCUCCUGUGUGUCCCAGCAGAGGAUAGUGAGUCCAGAGACAGACAGCGGAUUUGGAAGCUCCUAUAUGAAUCACUCAGCCAAUCGGACUUUUCAACAAAAUUCAGUCUCAGGAAGCGUUCCAUCUCAAAGCGAUGGUUUGAGUGGUUCAGACAGCGACGGUUCCUGCUCCAACCUGGACACAGAAAUCCAUUCAGCCAAGCCCUCUGUCCAAACGCGGCUCUGCGGAGCAGCAGCAGCAGUGGAGUUGUGGGUGGAGAGCACCACUAAGGGACCACCUCUCAGACUGCAGGGAAGUCAGCAGAAGCAUCACGUUUCAGAGCCUGUACUCAGCACCACCAUAGCUGCUAUGGGCAGCCCACCGAACUCCUGCUCCUGUAAUAGUGAGGCCAUUCUGGCUCUGCAGGCAGAGGUGACCAUGCUGAAGAAGAACCUGGAGGAGGGCUUGGUCCAGCUGCCUCAUUUAGCUCAGAGGAUGGACUAUCUCACCUCAAAAUACAGAGAACAUCAGGAGCGCAGGUCCAAAACCAGAACACGACUAACACCGACUUCCAGCAGCCUGGGGAAGUCAAGCAGCAGAGAUGGGAAUAACGUCACUUCUACUCAGCUGAGGAUAGAUGACUGGAUUUCUUCAGACAUGGACCCCAGCAGGAGCAAAGGAACAGACAGUGGAGAUGGAAGCUGCUCUGAGAUCAUGUUGGAAAUACGUCUGUCUCCUGAGAGGAUCAGAAGAUGUGGAGGGAGUGUCCACUCGCUGGCCGAGUCUGCGGAGAAGCUUCAACGUACAACACAGUCCCACAGAGGCACACAGGCAAAUUUUGCUUUGAGAGGAGACACGAGUUUGGCAGAUAAUCCCAUCAGCAAAAGACAACCAGCCAGGAGGAGUUUUUAUUCCCAGGAUCAGUGGUCUGCUUUCCAGAAGCCCCUCCUCCAGGUCAGCUACGGCUCCACCAGCAGCCUGCCAGCCAGCUAUAAAGUGAGAGAACACCAGCUGCAGUCCCAUCAGAGAAAACACUCGACUCAGUCAGACUCCGCUCUCCUGCCCAGCAACGUCUAUUUCCAGCGGACGCCGUCUCCAGUCUCGCUGUCCCCCAGGGCAGUCAGUAAGCCAAGACGUAAAGGGACAAAGGUCAUUUUGGAGGAAGAUGUGAGCAAAACCCUGGACCAGGCUAUUGAGGUAGCCCGCUCCAUGAAGAGGACCACAGACCGCAUGGCCAGCAGGCUGUCAGCUGACCUGGCCCAGUCUCAGCUGCACAAGAAACAUUACAACGUUUAGCCACUAGAGGGAAGAAAACACAAGACUUUCCAAGUUUAUUGUUUAUUACACCUGAAGUGUCUUACUUCUAAUCUGUAUAAAAAAAAAUUUUUUUUUCAGUUUUGUUUUUACUUUGACAUAUUUAUAACAAACAGAAAAUGCUAAAACUACUUUUAUGAGACUGCCACAUCUUUGAGUCACACAAAUAGAAUUUUAUUUACAGAUUUUUGUUUAUGUGUAUUUUUGUUUGAUUUUUAUGUGAUUUUUGUUGGAUAUCCAUUCAAAAGGAUGCAUAACACGAUUCAGGGAAUUAUUGAAUCGCCAUUCCUUUGAAGCAAUAAACAUAACUUAUCUUUCCUGACACUUCA